UUAUAGUGGGACUGCGGUGGGCAUUCUGACACUGGGGGGAACUGACUUGGUGUCACUGACAUCCCCAGUGACACCAAUACAGUAAUCAGUGCUAAAAAAAACCACUGACACUGUACUAAUGGCACUGGGCAGGAAGGGGUUAACAUGAGGGGCAUUCAAAGGGUUAACUGUGUGCUGUUUUACUGUAAGCUGUGUCUGUGGUUUCAACUGCAAGCACACUGCUUUGUAUGGCUCUGCUAUGCAGAGCCAUACAAAGCAGUGUUCCGGAGCCAACAGGGGAGAUAACUGUAUUUUUUCCAUGCAUGCCCCCUACCCGGGAAUGCAAAAUCA